AUGGCGGCUUCCGGCUCGACUGUGGCCGUGUCAGUGGCCGGACGAUUGCAGCGGUGUAGCACCAAGGGAUCGGAGCAGUGGGCUCGCAUUACGGCCUUGGCGAAUCGUGAGGGCGUGCUCAACCUGGGCCAAGGCCGGCCGGAUGGUGGCGGUAGCCAAAGGGCGCGAGAUGCACUGCUUGACGUGCUGCAACACAGCUCAGCAGAGGAUUUAGGCAAUGCCAAUCAGUACAGUCCCGUCAUUGGCCUGCCCCGCUUACGUCAGGCCGUGGGGCGUUGGACGGCGGUCGCCCAGCAUCUUGAAUACAACCCAGAAUCGGAGAUAUGCAUUACCACCUCGGGCACGGAAGCCCUCUACUGUGCGACUCAGGCGCUGAUAAACCCUGGUGACCACGUCAUCAUCUUCCAGCCCUUCUUCCCGUGGUACCUGCCACAUCUGCAGCUGGCUGAAGCCAACGUUGAGGUGCUCACCUUGGAGCCCCCAGACUUUGCCCUACCCCUGGACCGACUCAAGGCUGCCAUGACACCAGACACCAAGGCCAUUGUCAUCAACACUCCUCACAACCCGACAGGACGCGCCCUCACCGAAGCAGAAGGCGCCACGGUGGCCCAGCUCUGCCGCGAUAACGAUUGUCUCCUGAUUACCGACGAGGUGUAUGCCCACCUGUUGACUGAACGGCCCCACAUUAGCCUUGCAGCCUUGCCAGGCAUGCGCGAGAGAACUCUGGUUGUGGGCUCGGCCAGCAAGCUAUUGGCCCUGACAGGCUGGCGAGUCGCUUGGGUGCUGGGUCCGGCAGCCAUGGUCAAGGCGAUUGGCGGCAUGCACGCAUACACCACGUACGCUGCACCAACUCCACUGCAGCUUGCGGUGGCUGCUGCCAUUGAAAGUGCGUGUGAUGACCAGACCGACUUGAAAACAGAAGCCGCGCUCUACGACGCCAACUAUCAAGCCUUGCGCGCUGCGUUGGAACGGGCGCUCAAAGUACAGGUGCAUCCUCGGGAUGGCGGUUACUUUUUGGUUGCGCAGAUUCCCGAUGCCGCGCGUGGCGUCGGCUUUGACUACGCUGUAUGGCUCGCCGACCACGUUGGGCUGGCAUGUGUCCCGAUGGGUGUAUUUUAUGGCCCAACCCCGCCCGCCUCUGCUGAACGGCUCUUCCGAUUUACCAUUUGUAAGUCGGCAGCCUACAUCCAGUCGGCCGUGGCCAAACUUGAUGCCUUUGCAGCCCAAGCAUGA